GCUUACAACUUGUCAUGAAUUUAAGCAAUAAUUUUCUAGAAGAUUCUGUGCCAGUACAUGUUGUGAGACUAGCGAAAUAUUGUCCAGUUUAUUCAGUGCGAGCGACUGCAUUCUACGUUCUUGGUCUAAUCGGUAGCACAUACGAUGGCGCUAACUUGCUUGCAGAGUUAGGUUGGUUUUGCGUGCGACAUACGAGACAUGACCAGUUUCCUAUCAUAUCAGAGGACAAUUAUGCAAUAGGAACUGAAAGCACUGAGAAAUCCCACUUUUACGUUACAUCGCCUGAUCGAAGAUUCAACGCAUUGGAUAUCGAUUUGAGCGAACAUUCAGAUCACACAGAUCAGAGUACCGCUGAUAGUGUGCACUCAGAAUCGGCUAGGUUGAACAAGACUAUUGGCGCUAUUUGUAUCGAAGAAAAUCAAGAUGUCGUAGACCAUAAAAUUAGUUUCGAUAGACGCGAACCAGACAAAAGGAAAUCUCACACGCUUCCAUCGCAAGGCUGUUCUAGUUCUCACGAGAGAUCCUUAACUGAAUCGAGGACAGUUGAUAUCCUUCGAGACUGUUCCACAUACGAACGAACCGGACAUAAAAUGCAAAUGGAAAAUAGACUGUUAGGACGAAUGAACUCACUUGACCAAGCUCACGAAGGGAGGGUGAGGAACACAAGUGAAUCUAGCACGAGCGGUGUUAGUAGUUGCGAUUCCUUCUUAGGAAAAUAUGCUAUUCCGGACCGCGUGUUAACGUUAAGCCCCAUUCCCAGUUCUUCGAGUUUGUAUGGCAUGAAAACUAGUGUUCCGCAUCGGCCGCGUCUGGCCGAGACGCAGAGACGCAUAUCCACUUCUAGUUUUACGGGACCUGACGCGGCGAGCUCUCCUCCAACACAAAUGGAUAUGUCCGGAUAUGCUACAAUACAGUCAUUAAAUAAACACCGACGACCGCACGUAUCAGAGGGCGCAGCAACGAGUUCUAGCGAUAUUGACGAACUUGUGUGGCUUUUGCCGGACUUUAGCCGGCGUGGCAAACCCUACUCGUCGAUGCGGGAGAAAUCUAAGUCACAUAGAGAACGAAUGGCUAAACUCAGCCUGGUGGAGGACGACUGGCGGCCGCUGUGGCAGACGGAGCGCGCGGGCGCGGCGGGCGCGGGGCGGGCCGUGCGCCCCGCGCCGCGCGCGCCCCGCGCCGCGCCGCCGCACUACAUGGGCGUGUGCCUGCCGCUGCACCUCGCUGAUAUCUUCCCCGACGAGGAUAUAAAGGCUGAAAAUGUAAAUGGCGAUAAAAUAGUUCCUAGUCGAACACGAGUACCGUCAUUCCUGGACUCGAGUAUCGCGAGCGCCGACAACAAGUCCCGCGCCACACCUGACAGUCAGAAUAUAGCCAAUAAAGAUAUCCCAGCUACAACUGUUGCGCAUCGACCGCUGCCUCUAACAAUCACGAAACCGGCGCUCAACGACGCAAUGGAAACGGCCAAAAUCAUCGAAGAGAAAACCGCCGAAGAACACGCAAAAACGAAUAUCACAGCUGACAAAAAUCACAUUAUCGUUAAGGACACAGAAUGUGCGGAGGCGGGGCUGGUUAAGGAUGUGAGCUCUAGCACUGCGGUGGGCAGCACGUUAGUGGGCACGUUGAGCCGGGUGGAGAGUAAGCCGAGCAAGUGGAGGCACGCGGCGAGGGAUUGUCUGGCCUGCGUUCGAACUAGACCGCCGUCUUCUCAUGAACUGCGCGAAGCAUUUUUUGCAGAUAUGGAAGGAGUGAGCGCGACGGAAGACCGCACCAGCCCCCCCUCGCUCGAGCCGACGCCGCAGGCUCAACUGUUACACAACGUACUUUUUAUGUCGAACCCCAUACAUUUAAAACAGACGCGGUCGGCGCUGUUGUCCCUGAAGCAGCGGCACCCGGACGUGUUCCGCAGCGCGUGCGUGUACUCGGACGUGUGCGCGGUGCUCGCGCGCGACACGUACAUGCUGUGCGCGCGCCGCUUCCUGCAGGAGCUCUUCCUCGACACCAACUUCGAGUGCUUCGACGCGGAGCCCGCCGCCGUGCUCGCCCGCCACGGCGCCCCCGCCCCUCCCGCGCCCCCCGCGCCGCCGAACGUCGAGGCGUAGUGUGCGUGCACCCUCACACCUCACACCUUACCCCAGUGUAUCGCAUGCCUUAUAGAAUAAUUGUAUUUCAGUGCGCGGAUCGCCUUCCAGUGCCGCUUUAAUGGAUGCGAGUUUAGUAAUAAACGAUGUUAUGUUCCUUUCCGUGACAAAUAUAUUUUAGACGAUAGAAAACGAUGUAUACUUAUAUAGAACUGUUUUUUUUUAUUUAUAGUAGGGUAACGAUCUUUUGUUAUAUGGAAAUCAAAUGGAUUUCUAAAUGUAAACAGUGGUUUCGUAAAUGAUACAUGCGCAUGUACGCGAUGAUCGUAAGAGAUAUUUAAAUCAAUAACGGUUAAAAAAACUUAUAUUGCGAGAUGUUCGUUUGAGUGUAACCAUCCUUAUUUCAAAUAUUUAAUACUAAAAUAUUGUUUUAUCAUAAUUCCUUUGGAAGAUUAAUUGUAUUCUUAAUAUAAUAUCAAACUUACGCCUUACAUGUAAAUAAUUAAUAUGUCAUAGAAAUAGAAUCUUUAGAUUAACAACCUAUGUUAUCCAUUGAAAACUUUUUGAUAAUUGGCUGUAAGCUUACAUAAUAUGCUUAAAGUUUUAUUUAUUCUUUUGUUAUUUAAUGAAUAUGAUCGUAUUUUGGAAUGGCGUAUGUAAUAGCGUAUGAGUGUAUGUGUGAUUGGUAUUCUAAUUUUGAGUAAUUAUUAAGUUAGUUGUCUUUUAAGAAUGACGACACUAUAUAUCAACAAUUUAACAUAUAUAAUUACUAAUGUUAACCACCGCUUUUGAAAAUAUUAUUGAAACUUGUCCAUUGGUUAACAUUUUUAAGUGAAAUAAGCACGGUUCUCCAAAAUACACAUAGCCGCCACAGCCAAAUUUCAAUACUAUCUCCAUUACAGUAUAUGACAAGAUUAUUAUAUUAAUUGUACAUAUGUUCCCCUAUAGCUUAUAUUACCUAGUGAUAUACUUAUCCCACCUUAACAAUGUCUCCCAUAUUUAAUUGAUAAAACAAAUUAUAUGACGCCAUUGUGUUCAAUUUACAACUUUCAGCAUUUAAUUUUCUAUAAUCCUUUACUGGUCAAUUUCAACCUCUUGUUGUGUCUCUAUCUUUAAAGGAUAUUUAAUUAUAAUUUUAAGUAUUAAUUGUAGCAUAAAAUAUCCGGGUAUGUUUGACAAAUGAUUUAUUGUUGAUAUUUCAAGAUAAAAGUGUUAACUGACAUAUCAUUUGCUGAACCCUUUACAGUAUAUAACAAGUUGUUCUCAUAAUUUGCAAAUUUACAUAACAGUAUUUUGAAAUAACGUAGCAAAUUGUUAUAUUAUCGACUACUCGAAGUAAGGUGCAUUUAUUAAAAUAUCAAGGACCUUCCCUGCGUUAAUUUGUAAACAAUUUGCUUGAAGGUUAAUCAGUAAAUGUUGGUCUGUGUAGCUUAAAAACAAACAUAGUUUUAUAUAACUAUAUAUACAUAUUCCGAAAUGAAAUACGUAAUAGUCUAAAAGUUUUUGCUGUUUUCAUUAUAAAAGUUUAUAUUAUAAUGUAUAAGUUGCAGUUUAUUUGAUACUAGUGCCAUUGAGCCAGUUCCUUUUUAAAUUAAUAAUAAUAUUAAUUAAUGACUUUACCGACUCCAUAUUAUAUUAAUAUUAUCAUAGUGCAGCUACGUCUCACCCAUUACACAGUAUAAUAUUAUAUAAUUUUAUACAA